AUGUCGACCGUCGCGUCGACGUCCGCGACCUCGUCCCUCGCGCGCGCGGCGAGCCUCGCGUCGCGCGCGCGCCGCGCCCCCGCCCUCCUCCGCGCGGGUCCCGGUCCCGGUCCCGGUCGCGGCCGCCGGCGUCGUCUUCGACCCGAUCGCGCCGCCGCGACGACGACGUCCGCGUCCGCGUCCGCGACGUCGUCGUCCGACGGCGAAGGCGGCCCGUCCGACGCGUCGAAGACGCUCCGUCUGAAAGCGGAAGCGAUCGCGAAGGACUUGAAAGGCGUCACCGUGACGUUCGUCGGCGACAGCGAGGGCGCGAACGACGCGGUGGGGAGAGCGCUCGCGUCCGCGCUGGGCUACGUCCCGCUCUCGACGCCGGACCUCGUGGAGAAGAUCACCGGGCAGACGCGCGCGGAGAUCGUGGAGAGCGACGGCGAGGGCGGGCUCGUCAUCGCGGAGAACGCGGUGUUCGAGCAGCUCAGCACGCAGCUGCGGUGCGUCAUCUCGACGAGCGGAGGAGGGAAGGGCGCGUCCGCGCGAGGCGCGUGCUGGGAUUAUCUCUUCGGGCACUUCGUGAUCUGGCUCGACGACGUCGACGCGGCGGCGGCGGCGGCGGCGGACCCGGCGGCGGCGCCGCAGCGCGAGGCGUACGAGUUCGCGGACGCGCACCUCGUGAUGAGCACGUCGGAGGUCAAAACCCAGGAGGAGGCGAUCGGGAUCGCGUCGCAGGUGGUCGCCGCGCUCGGCGAGUUGCUCGCGGGGGACGAGCAGCUGGCGGGGAAGAAGACGUUUUACAACAAGAUGGGGUGUCGCGGAGACUGGCCCACGCUGCAGCCGCCGGGGUGGGACGGCACGAAGGAGGGGAUGGUGGACCCGGCGACGGGGAAACCGUACCGCGACGCGGCGGCGUGA